AUGACGAGCGUUCUGGAUGAAAAUCGCUUCUCUCCCAUCACCCCAGAUGAUCAUGCUGGGUCUGUUUGGAUCGCCGCUCUCCUCUGCCUAGUCUAUUCGGUCAUCACUUUGGCAUUGAGAGGCCAUUUGCGAUGGAAAAUGUACGGAGUGGACGAUUAUUUGGCGUUCGCCGCGACCACAAUUCAGGUCGGAGAAGUUGUGGCCGUGAUCAUUGGCCUCGACCAUGGCUUGGGUAAAACACAAGAUCUUCUUCGAGAAAGUGAGUUGGAAAUGGCGAGCAAAGCCGCCUUCGCCGGUCAAAUACUCUUCAUUCUCUCCGCCGCGGCGGCCAAAGCAUCAACCCUCUGCCUGAUGAUGAGACUGUUUAAUUUGAGCGGACCUAAAGCGCAAAGCCACACUCGUUCGCAAAUCCUCUAUUGGACCUGCUUAGCCAUUCUUGCUGCAAUGGCUCUGUGGGGGAUUUUGUCCGUCGUGGCCCUUUCACUCAAUUGUUCCGUGGCAUAUUUCAUUCGCGUUGAUGAUGCACAAUGUUCACACCAGUUUCUGCGCUGGCAACUAAUCACCGCAUUCGACGUGGCUACAGAAUGUAUCCUGGUGCUCAUCUCGACUUUCAAUGUCCUGCCCGUUCAACUGGCCUUUGCGCUGAAAUUGCAGGUUAUCCUCGCCUUUGCGUUCCGUUUGCCUGUGGCGGCGGUAUCUAUCGUCCACCUCAAAUUUGUCUCCGACUACACCAACUCCAGCAAUCCGGGCAUCGCACUGGUCCCUGUCCUCGUCCUCCAACAAGUGCAACUCUGCUGGUCCCUGAUCUCCGCCACCAUUCCGAACCUCAAGUCCUUCGUCAAGAGCUUCAGCAGCGGCUUUGGCAUCCGACUCGACCCCUCAACCACGCAAUUGUACGGUUCGGGACGUUAUGGUCGGAGCAACGGUGGUGGAUAUGAGCUUGGAUCCGUCCAGGGAAAGGGUACCUCCAAGUCCAGAUCUGCCAAUAGGUCGUACAAUGAUAUCGAAGGACAGGCGACGCUGCCUCAACAAAUGCGCCAUGGUAACACCGUCACUACGGCCACGGCAAGGGAUCAAGAGUCCAUCGAGAGUGGAGGGAGUCAAGAUCACAUCAUUCGCAAGGAUGUCCAGUGGAAAGUCCACUAUGAGACCGAGCCACGUGCGGUUUAA